AUGGGUGCUCUUCUGUCUAUUCCGAUGCUGGCCCUGCCCGGCGCAGGCGCUGUCAUGUCUAUGGCUGCGAGCUGCUGUGGUGCUGCCACCUGCUCUAUGGUAUGCAGUGCCUGCGGCAAGUGUGGAAACAGUGUCGCAACCCGUGUCGCCUACGCCCUCCUCCUUCUCGUCAACUCCAUACUAUCCUGGAUCAUGCUCACGCCAUGGGCCAUCGAAAAGCUACAACAUCUGAUGCUGGACUAUGUCAAGAUCGACUGCCCGAACGGCCAAUGCUACGGAUGGCUGGCGGUUCACCGUAUCAACUUUGCCCUCGGCCUGUUCCACUUGAUCUUCGCCGGCCUGCUCUUCGGUGUCAACAACUCCAAGAACCCGCGCGCCGCUCUUCAGAAUGGAUACUGGGGCCCCAAGGUCAUCGCCUGGAUCGCCUUCAUCGUCAUGUCCUUCCUCAUUCCCGAUGCCUUCUUCCAGGUCUGGGGUAAUUACAUCGCUUUCAUCGGCGGCAUGCUCUUCCUGGUUCUAGGUCUUAUCCUUCUGGUCGAUCUCGCACAUACAUGGGCCGAAUACUGCCUCGAGCAGAUCGAAAACACCGACUCCAAGGUCUGGAGGGGUGUCCUCAUCGGUUCAACCUUGGGCAUGUACCUGGCUUCGUUGGCAAUGACCAUCAUCCAGUACAUCUUCUUCGCCAAGAGUAGCUGCUCCAUGAACCAGGCCGCCAUCACCAUUAACCUACUGUUCUGGCUUGCCAUCUCCUUCAUCUCCGUUCAUCCUACCAUCCAGGAAUACAACCCGAAAGCCGGUUUGGCGCAGGGUGCCAUUGUUGCCGUUUACUGCACAUACCUCACCAUGUCAGCUGUCUCCAUGGAGCCAGACGACAAGCAAUGCAACCCUCUCAUCCGUGCUCAGGGCACGCGGACAACCUCUGUUGUCAUUGGUGCCAUCGUCACGAUGCUGACAGUUGCCUACACGACCACGCGAGCCGCCACCCAGAGUCUUGGUCUUGGCAAGAACAGGGGCGGUAUCAAGCUCCUCGACGACGAUGAGCACGACCUCGUGACCCAGCAGCCCGGACGUCGCGAGAUGCGGGCUGAAGUCCUACGCCGAGCCGUCGAGGAAGGAAGUCUGCCCGCAGACGCCCUGCUGUCCGAUGACGAGGACGAGGAGAGCGGCGGCAACACGCCCCACGACGACGAGCGCAGCAGCACACAGUACGAUUACUCCGUAUUCCACAUCAUCUUCUUCCUUGCCACUUGCUGGGUGGGAACGCUCCUCACGCAAACGGCGGAGGGCGACGAGAUGAAGUUCGACGGCGACUUCGCAACGGUUGGACGGACCUACUGGGCCAGUUGGGUCAAGAUCGUCAGUGCCUGGAUCUGUUACAGCAUGUACAUCUGGACUCUGGUGGCCCCUGUCGUCCUGCCGGAACGGUUCGACUUCGACUGA